GCGAAUGAUAGUGUGGCAGAUACGCUGAGUUGCGCAUACAACACACAGGUCGCAAUAUGGGAUAUAAAAAAAGGUUAGGAUACGGGACGUUUUUCACCGUAUUAAUUGUAUUACUGGCGAUUUAUUAUCGUAAUACCGAGAAUGUUCUGCAAAAGCGAUUGCUAGCCUUACUGCACGGCCUCGAAAGGCUCGAGAACAAACACGUCAUUACUAGGAAGCCGAAAGUUGCUGUAGGUUAUGGCGUGUGCACCGACGUCUUCAUUGACGCAAAGCAUUUACUAAAAUAUUCGGAUGAGAUCGGCCGACCUGAGCAUUUCGACGAGAUCAACACCGAGCUCGAGUUGCUCAAGAGCUUCGCCUAUUAUUUUCGCCAUGGAGCCGCGGCCGAGCGUUACAUGGCGAACAGAACUUUGUUCGAUGAGCUGGUUUUAAAGGCACGCUCGUUUCCUUCAUCCUACUCGACAAUCGGAGGCAAUGCGGCGGUUAUGGCAAUGCGAUUCGCGCGGGAAGGAUGUGACGUGACUCUUGGGGCUAAGCUGACCACAUCCUUACACCAGAUGUUUCCGCAGGUGAUAAACAUCGUAGGCGGUGAGGAGAAACGCGAUGAUAUCCAUCUCAUCAUGGAAUACAAACACGGCGAGGUGUGGGGUCCUUAUUCCAGCGCGAGAGCAAACAGAUAUAUCGUUCACAACGAUGUGAAUAAUCCAAUGAUCAGCUCGUUCAAUGCCUUCGACAAGGUGCUGGAAACCUACGAUCCCGAUUUACUUGUAGUCAGCGGCCUUCAGAUGAUGGACAAUUAUCCAUUUCGAGAAGACAAGCGCAAGAGCCUAUUGAUGAACGUAAAGAAACAAAUGAUUGAUCGGUCGAGUUCCACGAAAAUCCAUUUCGAAAUGGCCUCGUUUGCCGAGGACAAACUGCUCUUCGAGCUGUGCGACCUGGUGGUUCCGUACGCCGACAGUUUGGGGAUGAACGAACAGGAAAUAGCGAACUUGUACAACGCCAUGUACUACGGUAACAUCUCGCUGGUGGCCAAUUCGACUCCGCGAGUCGCGACAGUGCUGGAUCAGAUGCGAACGUUGUUCAAACUCAUACGCAUGCGAGGCAAGUCAAUCGCGGACUCCAGAGAGCUCACGAGGAUUCACGUGCACACGCUGGCGUAUCAAGCCAUAUUCACCGUCAAGGAUUCCAUCUGGAAGAAUACGAUGGCUGCCGCGGCUAAAGCAUCGCUGACCGCACAUAGGCACGUAUGCGCGUCGAGCAGCGUCGACGUGAAGAAGGCAACGCUGAUCAUGGACGACAGUUUCUCGACGUCCAUCAUCGAUGGCACACGAAUUGCGCUGAACAUCGACAAGCCGGUUUCCUGUUGGGACGAGAUACUGAAACUGGAGCAGGAGAUUAUUUCUAUUCAAGUGUGCGUCGCGCCCGUGUUGGUUUGCACGCAAGCUAGUCAGACGGCAGGUGGUGGAGAUAACAUUUCCAGCGCAGGCCUCGUACUUCAGAUCUGAACUCCAGAUCUGAACUCCGGAUCGAAGUAUAGACACACCGAUUGAUGGGAUUGUUUUUACUGCACCACUGCGUUUGUUGUUGCAAAUCACAUAUUCCCUCUUUCUCUUUCUCUCUCUCUCUCUCUGUACGCAUAAAAUGAACAAAAAUCCUACAGCAGGCCUUUACUCACGUUUGCAGAACGGCGAUAUCGCGCAAACGAUCGACGUUUAUUCCACACUGGUUUUUUACAUUCCAUUCGACUGCAAAAACAAAAAAAAAAUAGACUGAAUACAAGCGACGACUUAUUGCGCCUCGCUGAAGAAACGAAGCACCAUUUAAUUCUUUUAUGCACUCGUGUGCGUUUUAUCGAAUCGUGGACACUCUGCCUAUUACCGAUAACGAUUGGUACUAACGUCAAUGUUCGUGGACAUUGCAUUGUUACUCUCGUACUUGUAGACUAAUUUUAAUCAAAAGAAAUUUACUUCAGUACUUUACAGUACUGUAUCAUAUAAGCUAAUCGCAGUGCUGUGGUAGAUUAAGUGUUUUUAUGAUUAAUGAGGCCGUCUCAAAAAGUCUUGAAAUUUUUUCAGUGCUGAAAAUGAAUAUUUAACCAUUGAAUAGAAUCAUUGACAUUAAGCACGGUGUCAGAAAUACCUUUGCGAGACAGCCAGUUUGCCUACUAAAUAUUGCUGCGGAUUUUCAUAUACAAAUUGCUGCUUGAAGAAUCGGGCAUGCUUGUUUCGGAGGUAUUUAUCAGUCUAACAGCUCUGAAUACAUUCAAACAUUUGAGGCAUUAAGGUAUCUCUGACACUGUGCGUACUAUGUGACUCGUAUUUCGAUAGCAAUAAUUCCAACAAUUUCGUAGUAAUAGAUUUGUAGACGCUGACUUUGAAAAGCAGAGCUAAUGUGAUAUUCCAAUAAACCGAUUGUAAGAAAAGAAAGACUAUUGAAUAACGAGACAGAAUGCAUUUUUACAAAAAAAAAAAGUUUAAUUUCAAGAAAUAUCGCAUAUAAUUGCAAUGUACGAUCUUACAUUCCACUUCGGAUCUUUAGAACCUUUACAUAAGAAAAAAAAAAAAAAAUUAGGAU